AAUUUCUUUCCAAUCUUUAAUACAUUUUUCUUCCUUUAAAUUCAAUCCUCAGAUCUUGCAACUAUCACACACAUCAAAAACACAAUCUCAUUUCUCUUAAAAUUUUCUAUCUCUCUUAGAAUAUUUUUCUCUCAAUUUUUUUAGCUCUUUUUUCCUCACUAUUUUCAAGCUUCAAUGGCUACUCAAGAGGUUAAUAAGCCUCUUUCACUUCCUCCAUACCCUGAGAUGAUUAUGAAGGCACUGGAAGCACUGAAUGAACCAAAUGGUUCAAACAAAUCAUCAAUUUCAAACUACAUAGAAUCAAUCUAUGGAGAAUUACCAGAAGGCCAUUCAAUUGUUCUUGCAAAUCACCUUAACCAGAUGAAGGAUAAUGGUGACCUUGUUUUUGCAAAGAACAACUACAUGAAGCCUGAUCCAAAUGCACCACCAAAGAGAGGACGUGGAAGACCACCAAAGCCAAAGGAUCCAUUGGCUCCACCACCAGCUGCUGUUCUGUCCCCACCAAGGCCAAGAGGUCGUCCUCCUAAGGACCCUAAUGCACCUCCAAAGACCCCUAAGCCUGCUUCAAGUGGAAGAGGAAGGGGUAGGCCAAAGAAGGUUCAAAGGACUGAGAAUGUUUCAAAUCCAAGUGGUGGAGAUGGUGAUGGUGCUGGUGCUGGUGCUGAGGUUGAUGAUGAUGAUGCUGCUCCAAGUGUUGCUGCUGUUGCUGUUCCAACUACUAGUGGAAGGGGAAGGGGUAGGCCUCCUAAAGUUAAGCCUCAGAUGACUGAAGUGAGUGUUGAAUCAUAGAUGAUUGAUUAGAUGGAGUCUAAUUAACUCUUAAUCUUGAUGAUUAAGUAGCGAUUAAGUGUAGAAGUGGGUGUGGUCUUAUUAUUAGAUUUUAUUAUUAUUAAGUUUCAUGUCAUUAAUGUAAUUGCAUUUGUAAAAUCUCCAUGUAGUCGUUAGUUUAGUCUAUUAAGAAGAGAGAGGCUUUGUUGGGUUAUUUUGUUAAUUGUCAAACAUGACAGUGACUUUGGGCUGAUGAUAUGAUAAUAUGAUCUUGUUUUUCAU